GCUGGAGGAGCCAUGAAGGUGUUGAAGCCACACAGUGACAUGCCUUGGCUCAGAGUUUCCGCUGUGUGGUAGCGACCCAGCAUGUAGCAGUGGCCAACAAGCCCCUUCACGCCUGGGAACACUUCAACAAUCAGAAAAUGGGGAAUUCGUACGCCGGCCAGCUGAAGUCUGCUCGAUUCGAAGAGGCUCUCCAUAACUCCAUUGAGGCGUCGCUGCGCUCCAGCAGCGGAGACCCUCAGCCCAUCUUCACCCAGCUCUACCUGGAGCCCGACUCCUACCCCGCCGGCAUGGAAGACGUGAAGCCGAAGGCCGAGGCGGCGCCGCACGGCGCCGACCCCCCGGGAACCGAGCUGACCAACGGCCACUCCUCCAACGACCUGGAGGAGCUGGAGGACGACGACGAGCUGGACAGCAGCAGCCCGCCGCUGCCGUACCUGCAGGCGCCCGCCCCGGACGGCUGCUGCACGCUGGACGGGUUCUGCCAGGCCGGAAAGGACCUGCGUCUGGUCUCCAUAGCAACAGAGAGCAUCGAAGUCCCCGCGGGCUUCGAGCUGGUGGGCGCCAAGUCCCCGAGCGUCCCCGAGCACAUCCUGGUGUGCGCCGUGGACCGCCGCUUUUUGCCUGACGAGAACGGGAAGAAUGCACUUUUAGGUUUUUCAGGAAACUGCGUGGGCUGUGGCGAGAAGGGCUUCAGAUACUUCACCGAGUUUUCCAACCACAUCAACCUGAAGUUAUCCACCCAGCCCAAGAAGCAGAAGCACUUAAAGUACUACCUGGUGAAGAACGCUCAGGGUGCUCUGUGCAAAGGGCCGCUCAUCUGCUGGAAAGACGGUAAAACCCGGCCGUUCCCCGGCGGCGCGUCCGCCUCCACCUCCAAGCCCAGCCCCUUCUCCUCCCUGAGCAGCAAAGAGAACGGCGGCGCCGGCGCGCACAGCUCCUCCCCCUUCUCACUGUCAGACUCUCCGCCCACCAGGUCGACGCAAGCGUCCGGCGUCUUCUUCGGCGGUCAGGACCUCGGCCGAGACAUCAGCUUCCUCAAACCUCUGGCCUCCACGCCGGGGAGCAAGACUCUGCCGAUAGUGCCCACGGCUCUCAGGGUGAACGGGCCGGCCAACGGUCUGGCCGCGGACGGCUGUCCUCCGCUGCUGAGUCCGUCCCACAUGUCGCUGGCCGCCCAGGCGGCGGCGUUUCGCUCUGCGGAGCUGGGAGACAGUCCGGUGGCCUCUGCGAUGAACUCGGGGCCUCCGAAGAAGCGUCACCGGAGCUGGCACCCCAGCGCCCUGGUACCCGUCCCUCCCACCGCCGUCCCCGUGCCCGCCAUCCGUCCCAUCGUCUGCUCUCCAGGCUCCGUGUUGGUGUCCUCCCCUCAGCCGCCAGCAGGGGGCGUCAUCCAGCCUCAGCCCAUCGUCCCCGGGGAGACGGUCAUCGUCCCCGACAACCUGCUGGCCUCGGCUGGCGUCCGCCCCGUCAUCCUCAUCGGGCACGGCACUUUACCGUACUUCUACGGGAAUGUGGGCGACAUCGUGGUGAGCCCCCUGCUGGUCAGCUGCUAUAAGAGCAGCCAGCUGACCGACAAGACCCUGGAGAGUCUGGGCCUGAGCAGCAGCCAGCUGCUGAGCGUGGAGACCAUGAUCCUGCUCACGCUGCAGUAUCUGGCGCGUCUGGGCUCGGAGCAGAUACCCUUGAGGGAGGAGCUGGAGCAGAUCGCCCUGAAGGCCAUGCUGUGCUGCCCCGGCGGCCCCGCCAUCACCCCCGCCCAGCUGCCCUGGCUGGCCCGCCUGGAGGCCAGCGUCUCCGGCGGCAGCGUGCAGGUGGUGGUCACCCACAACACGCUGGGCGAGGGCAUCUUCGACUCGCUGCGCUCCCUCAGCGAGGGGCCCCAGCACCAGCAGUGCCUGCCCACCUACGUGGUCAUCAUAUGUGCCUCCAAGAUGAACGGCAACGAGUUCUGCGUUCUGGUUCUGGGGAAAUACCAGGCCCGGGCUCUAGCCGAAGGCAUGCUGACCACCAAUGAGUUCCUGAAGGAGAUCAGCUACGAGCUGAUCACCGGGAAAGUCAGUGUGUUGGCGUCUCACUUCAAAACCACGUCUCUGGGGGACAAUCUGGACAAGCAGCUGACGCGGUACCAGCGCAGACGGAAAGGACAGGUCAUCCAGCCCUUCCAGGUCGAUGUCACUGACCACAUCCACUCGCAGGAGGCCGCCAGCAUGUCACAACCCUCAGACGCAGAGGUUUUCAGUAAGGUCUUCCAGAUCUACCCGGCCCAGCUCAACGUGGCUCGCAGCCUCCUCUCUCAGGUGUGCUCCAUCGCCGACUCGGGGACCCAGAACCUGGACCUGGGGCGCUUCUGCAAGGUGGACUUCCUGGUUCUGGUCCCGCCCUCCCACGUCCUAGUGCACCAGACGGCACAGCGCAUCCGGCAGUCAGGAGUCCUCGUGGACCUGGGGAACGAAGACGCCGCGGCGGCCCAGCAGAAGUCGGACAAGUACGUGGUGCGUCUGGACGCCGACGUCCACGCCAGGAUGGAGGCCUUCAUGAAGAAGGUCAAGCAGAACCCCUACACGCUGUUCGUCCUCAUCCACGACAACUCGCACGUCGACCUGACCAGCGCUCUGUCGGGCUCCGUGUGCCACGGCGAGCUGCAGGGUCUGGCCGACCGCGUGGUCAACUGCCAGGAGGUCCUGGAGGCCAUGAACCUGCUGGUGCUGCAGGUCAGCUGCUUCCCGUACACGCUGCAGAGCCGCCAGUCGCGCAUCAGCGCGCACAACGAGGUGCACUGGCCGCCCGCCGACAGUCUGGGGGAGCAGUCUCCUCAGGAGCUGGUGUACUUCGGCCUGAGGGACUACAGCAGCUCCCUGCAGUGGGGCGUGGCCAGCCCCAUCCUGCGCUGUGACGACGCCUUCGAGAAGAUGGUGCACACUCUGCUGGAGAGACACCCCCACCUGCACAGCAUGGUGAUCCGCAGCUACCUGCUGAUCCAGCAGUACACCGAGGCCAUGAUGGCCCUGACCUCGUCCCCGUCCCUGAGGGACCACAUCACCCCGGAGACCCUGGCCAUGGUGGAGGACCUGAUCAGCGCGCCGGGCCGGGAGGGCUCGCGGGGCCGUGGACACAUGCUGCUGGUGCGCGUCCCCUCGCUGCAGCUGGCCAUGCUGGCCCGCGAGCGGCUGGAGGACGUGCGGGACAAGCUGGGCCUCCAGCUGUGCUUCGCCGUGCUGCUGGGAAGCCCCGCCUCCGAGCUCAGCCUGCCCAAGAACUUCACCAGCCUCCUCAGGACCUGGAGGGGCUGUGAGAAUGAGGACUGGGUUCCCCACACAUACGAGGACCUGGAGGGGCUCUCCUGCAUCGUCAUCCUCACGGGGAAAGACCCCCUCGGAGAGACUUUCCCCCGGUCUCUAAAGUACAGCGACCUGCGGCUGAUCGACUCCAGCUACCUGACCCGCACCGCCCUGGAGCAGGAGGUGGGGCUGGCCUGCACCUACGUGUCCCGCAGCCUCAUCCAGGAGCCCAGGAAGGCCGAGGCGCUCCGGGAGUCGGACGCCGAGAAGGCCGCCACCAGCCUGCACGACGCCGACGAGAUAGAAAGGCCUCAGAGCAACGGCAGCGUGGCGACACGGACCUCCGGCUCUCUGGUGGAGAACGGCGUCAGCUCGUCGGACGUCACUGACUCCUUCCAGAAGCCGUCCACCUCCGCCUCCGCCUCCACCUCCACCGCUCAGCCCGAAGCCGCCACCACGUCGGACGUCGGCACGGUGACGCAGGGGUUCAAGCAGGAGUGCGACUCGGCGGAGAGCCAGCUCCCCUCCAACGCCUCCAAAGCCCCCAACGCGCCCCCGUCCCUGUACUCGUCCUCCUCCCUGUCGUCCCCGUCGUCGUCCUCCUCCUCCUCCACCCAGAGGCCCAGCCAGUCCACGCAGUGCAGCCGGGAGCAGCGGCGCGCCCGCGUGUCCCCGCGCACCGUCAUCCUCUCGCGGGCGGCGUACAACCUGCUGGCGGGGGAGUUGGGCGGCCAGCUGAGCUCGUCCUCGCUGCUGCCGCACGCCGACGUGGUGUGGAGCAGCCCGCUGAGGCCUCUGGUGGCCCCCGGCCUGCAGGGGGCGGAGCAGAGCGCCUACUACCGCCAGUGGACCACCGCCCGGCAGCACCACGCCGACUACGAAGCCCCCCCGGCGCCACACCCGCGGCGCCUGCUGCUCAGCGGACCCCCGCAGGUGGGGAAGACCGGCGCCUACCUGCAGUUCCUGCGGAUCCUCUUCCGGAUGCUCAUCAGGCUGCUGGAGGUGGACGUGUACGACGAGGACGAGGAGGAAGAGGAGCGGGAGGAGGAAGCAGAGAACUCGGAGGUGACGGCGCCGGUGAGGACGCAGUGGCCCGACGUGGAGGAGUUUCGAAAGCUGACCUUUGACUCCAACCCCCGAGAUCCCAAGUUCAAGGAGGCCAGCCCGGUUUACUGCGACAACAUGAGCUUCAGAGAUUUUAAGCACGAUGACGCUCGCCAGCCUCGAACCAAACGAGUGACCAAGUCGAUACGGCUGAGCAGGUUUGCCUCCCACAAUGCAUUUCAUCACUGCGAGCAGUGUCACCACUACUGCGAAGCCGGUCCCGCCACACAGCUCUCGGAGUGCACCUUCCACGCCUUCACCUUCUGCUCGUCCAUGCUGGGCGAGGAGGUCCAGCUCCAGUUCGUCAUCCCCAAAGCCAAGGAGCAGCACUUCGUCUUCAGUCAGCAGGGCAGCCACCUGGAGAGCAUGCGCCUGCCUCUGGUCUCCGCCAAGGACCCCGAUCUCCUCAAGAGUCCCAUCUUCACCCCGACCACGGGGCGCCAGGAGCACGGCCUGCUCAACCUCCACCACGCCAUGGAGGGCGCCAGCCACCUGCACGUCCUGGUGGUCAAGCAGUUCGAGAUGCCGCUCUACAGGAAGUACUGGCCCAACCACAUCCUGCUGGUCCUGCCGGCCAUGUUCAACAACAGCGGAGUCGGCGCGGCCCGCUUCAUGAUCAAAGAGCUGUCGUACCACAACCUGGAGCUGGAGAGGAACCGGCUGGAGGAGCAAGGCAUCAAGAGACAAGACGUAUGGCCUUUCAUCGUCAUGAUGGACGACUCCUGCGUGCUGUGGAACGCCCAACAGUCGACUGAUGGAAGUGACCCAUCGGAUGGCAGCUUGACUCUGACCGACGUGUCUCUGAAGACCGUGCUGCAGCACUUGGAGAACACGCCCAAGAUCUCGCUGUACGCCAUGUGCGGCACGCGCAAGUGGAGCAGCGGCCUGGCCCGCCGCUCUCCCAGCAGCCCCUUCAGCCGGUGCCACCUCCACGACUUCGUCAUGCUCAACGUGGACCUGACGCAGAACGUCCAGUACGACCUGAACCGGUACGACUGCGACGAGGUGGAUUUUAACCUGAGGGUGAACAGCAGCGGGCUGCUUCUGUGUCGCUUCAACAACUUCUACCUGAUGAAGAAACAUAUUCCAGUUGGAGGAAACAAAGACUUCCUGGUGAAGCCCAAACUGGUGGAAAUUGAAACCUCGGCGUCAAUCAGCCCGUCGCAGUACGUCUGCGCUCCGGACAGCAAGCAGACCCUCCUGGACGCUCCGGCCCAGUUCCUGCUGGAGAGAUUCCUGCAGAGCUGCAGCCACCGACUGUUUCCCAAGGCCGUUCAGAACAGAAGCAACCCCGUCCUGUCCAUCGACAGCUACCUCAACCUCAGCCCGGAGAUUUCUUUGUGUUACAUCAACUCUCGUCCACACUCCACCAACCUGAACCACGAGGGGCUGGUCUUCAGCGGCCUGCUGCUGUACCUCUGCGACUCCUUCGUCGUCUCCGGACUCCUCAAGAAAUUCUGCUUCCUCAAAGGUGCCACCCUGUGCGUGAUCUGCCAGGACCGGAGCUCCCUGCGUCAGACCAUCGUCCGGCUGGAGCUGGAGGACGAGUGGCAGUUCCGCCUGCGCGACGAGUUCCAGACGGCCAACUGCAGCGAGGACCGGCCCCUCUACUUUCUGACGGGCCGCCACGUCUGACCGGGUCGGCCCCGAGUUCGGAGGAUCCGGGUAGAUUUCUCUUUACUCCAAAACACAGAUUCUGCAGUUCCUGCGGCCGAUUCUGGAGCCCCGGAGGAGGAUCGGCGCCUCUCCUGACGCCAGGCCCCCUCAGUGCACUACACCCGGCUCCGCUCUGGGCCCCGGCACAUUCUGAACUCUCGCUGAGCUAGAGUUACCAAAUACAGACAAUGCUAGUUGGUAAGAAAGCACACCUGAACUUUUAUUUGUUGCUGUUGUGCAAAAAAAUAGACGCUCACUGACAGAUAUUGUGAGUUCGUGACGAUUGUAUGUUUGAAUCCAGUGUGUCCGAACCCCAGAUGUAUUGGUUUUUAUCUCAGGGUUUUCAAAGGGAGGUCCAGGUGAGCUGGCUUAAAGGGGUCGACUCCUUCACCCUGUUCACAGUGUACCUUUGGCAGUGACUUUUUGUGGCACCAAAGAUGUCCCUGGGCCAACGCUUGGCCUUUCCCUUGGCUUUCCUCCACCUCUUCUGCCUCUCAAACUCCACGAAGCUCUAGAAAUGUCUCUGAACGGACACAAACCCAGAAGGUCUGCUUGUAUUUUAGUGGCGCGAUCUGCAGGAGGCCCUUUGAUUCCGCACAUUUCAACUCCAAAUGGGGACUGCUCUUCUCCUGUGCCUCUGAAAUCUGAAUGCAGCAUCGAUAAUCUUUUGGACAGGGCGUUGUCGGCGUGCGCUUCUGGUUCAGUGAUUGUAUUUAAGUAAUCCAAAGAUUUUAGCCCAAAGCAUUCUUUUUUAAGAGUGUCAGACUUUAUUUAUAAUGCUGACUGAGACUUUUUAAGACUUUAGUGACUUUUCACAGGGUUUUAAUCGUAGAGCUCGCAUAUCUUCAAAAUGCCAAUCAGAGUCAAAGCUUUUCUAAUUUAUGGCAUUUGCUGAUUAAAAUUUUCAGUUUAAAAGUACAGUUUUUCAUAUUUGUUGUACACUGGAUGGUGUUGGUGAGUGACUGUUAGUAUAGUGGCUUCAAAUCUGAGUUUUGGCCAUUGAAACGACUACAAAUAAGGUUCACAACUGGGAAAAAAGUGAAUUGGGAUCACAUUUUAACAGUACUCUACCAUUGCCAUACUCUAUGCUACCAGUUGAUCGUAUUGCAUUACUGACGCAUCAGCAGAUUAUAUACUGGAAAACAACAUCCGUAAUUACAAAAAAUGGGUCAUUCAAUUAUUUUGAAAUGAAAAAAACAUCUUUCAAUGUAAUACUAAUCUGCUUUUUUUUUGCGUUUCAUGAUAUUUUUCUUAGAUCUGAGACGGGUGAUUGAAUAAAUGUUUCAGAUAUUUGAUGAAAUUAAGGCAGAUUUACACUUUAUCCAUCACUGUUAAAAUAAAUUCCAGUUUCCGUCUUGACUCAUGACACCACCUUGUGGCACGAAGUAGGCGAGUACAUGAAAACCAAAUGAACCAAGCUCCAGAUCUGAGCGGUAUAACUCGGCGUCUCACCACUGCCACCCAGUGUACAAACGUGGCAUUCGCAAAACUUUACUGUCCUUUUGAACACAUAGCGUUAUAAUCAAAGUGAGCGUAAUCACCCAGCCGCUUCACUGCCAGUGUUCCUGCUGCUGAUGGCGGCUUAGCGCCGCAUGAUGCCGAUUGGAAAGUGACGAUUCCCAAGUGUUUGAAGACGAGCAGCAAUCUGAAAGAAAAGAGUCAACAGCAGCUGAUCGGACGGACGCAUAUACUUGAAAGUGGGCUGUUUUUUCCUCUGGUUCCCCGCAGGGUUGUCCAGUGAUGAUGCCUUACACCAUGUUUCAUUGCUUAGGUUAGGUCACUGUGCUUUUGUUGUUUUGAUUUGUUUUGUUUUCCCAGACCAGAUGACGGCGAAGAAGCCACGUAGCCACGUUGGUGUUGAAGUGUUGUUUGUCUGAGUGAAGCAGGAUGAAUUAAUUGGACUUUUGGACUACUGUACUGUUUCAAGCUUUGUUUACAUUAUUAAUAUAUUAUCGUCCCUUUUACCACUGAGGGUUGCUGAUGUGUUUUUUUUUUUUUUGAAGUCUCGUGUAACCAGUAAUAUUUUGGUCAUGUCUUGCUGCAAAGGCAUGAAGAAUCUACCUAGAUAUAUCUUUACAAAUGUCUGUGCCCCCUCUCUGUUUGUGUGUUGGAUUUUUAUUGAAUAUCAGGUCCAGAAAAGGGAUUUUUCCUUUCUUUUUUUUCUUUUUCUUUUUUUUUUUUUAUUUAUUCAAUAAGCAUUUUGGACUGAUAAUCAUAUUGAAGUGUUAAUAUUUGAUCGCAUGCUAAAACCAACUGACUGCACCCUCUCUGAGGGUUUAAGAAAAAAAACAUUCACAAAAGCUUUGCACAAGACUCAAGCGAGUGAUUGUUGGAUCUACUGAAUGUCAUUUGGGGGUAGGAAAUGUGAACUUGCACUAUCCAAGUUGCCAGCUGAAAACGACGAUUGCUCCCGAGCCCUCCAGAAUUAGUCCAGAUACAAGACUAGAGAUCAAAACCCCUUUACGUUUUUUUUUUAAAAUUUUUUUUUACUCUUACUCCAACAGGCCAUAGAAUGUGUAUUUCUUCUUGAUAAUUUAAUACUUAAUAUGCAACUUGCUCUCACAAUCUUCACUGAAAUGUGUUCGACAGACCAUGUGCAGCCCGGUGGUAGCCUUGGCGCCUGCGUUAUCUACCUCAUCCUUACCAGUGUGGUUGCAGGCUGUGAAUAUUUUAACAUUAGAGCCAUGCUAUUGCUGUUGAAAAUGUAUGAAUGUAAUAAAGUGACUUCUAAACACA